AUGUCUUUACAGUUGAGUGACGGGUUGGCCAACCAACCACUAGACUUGGUGCUAGAGGAUUUAUUAGUGAGGUUUCUUGCGAAUGUUCCUGAUGAGGAUUUGUCAUCUAUCGAGCGAGUGUUGUUUCAAGUCGAAGAAGCUCAAUGGUUUUACACCGACUUUUUACGACAAAAGAGCCCAUAUUUACCCCAAUUGAAGAUGAAGGGGUUUGCUGCUCAACUUUUAGAGAAGUGUCCGUUGAUCUGGAAAUGGGGUAACCCUUCUGAUGCCCUUGGAAAAUUCGGCCGUUACAAGUCGACAAUUCCUGUUCGUGGAGUUGCAUUAUUCAAUAAAGAUCUCACCAAAAUGGUUUUGGUCAAGGGAACCGAAUCCAAUUCUUGGUCGUUCCCUCGUGGAAAAAUCUCAAAGGAUGAAGCAGAUACGGUAUGUGCUGCUCGUGAAUGUUACGAGGAAACCAGCUAUGAUGUAAAAGACGCCAUUUCGGAAGAUAAUUGCAUCGAAAGAACAAUUAGAGGUAAAAACUACAAGAUCUAUUUGGUCAAAAAUGUACCUGAAGACUUUGAUUUCCAACCAAUAGUUCGUGGUGAAAUCGCCAAGAUUCAAUGGCAUGAUAUCAAAACCACCGGAAAAAAAGUGAAAUCCAACCCUAAUCAGUAUUUCAUCGUUUCUGCGAUCUGGAAACCUUUGACCCGCUGGGUCAAUAAGAAUAGAGGUGUUUCAAACGAAGAGGAACUCUUGGUGAAGGCUGAGUUCAGAUUGAAGGAAUACUUGGGAAUUCUGCCCAAGGCUCAAGAAAAUGUUGAUGCUGGUAGAGAACUUUUGAAUAUUCUUCAAGGAUCGUCCAAAGAAACCUCCAAUAAUUUACAGGCUGCUAGUCAAAAUCAAGUCAGUCUGUACCAGCAAUUUAUCCACAGCAGCCUUCCACAGCAUCUUCACAACCUGCUUCCAUUUUUUCCUUAUGCGCCAGCACCACCCAUGCCCAUGUAUUAUCCUUCGUUCAUUCCUCCUCAGAGCUUAUCACAACCUCCAGCACCCCAACCUCAGUCUGUACCGUCAGUUGAUGCUCAGCCCAAUCCAUCAACUCUACAGAAACCUGCCAUGAGCUCUGUUGCACCUAACUCAAAAGAGUUUUUAUCUAUUUUGUCCCAGCCUAAGAAGUCAACAGCACCAACACCAGAAGAAUUGCCAAAGAAGUCAACCCUUGAAAGUAAUAGAUCAAAAGCUCAGCAACUUAUGAGUCUUUUCAAGAAGGCGGAACCUGCUAAGGAGCCUACUUCUGAACCUGUUAAGGAGCCUACUUCAACUGAACCUAAAGAAUCCGCGCCAGCUUCAAUUGAAGCCGCAAAACCAGAGCCUUCUCCACGUGUAUCUCAAUUUGACAUUGAGAAUUCCCUGCCUAAUCUUGGUGUUCUUGGUGUUCAACAAGCUUCCAAUGAACUUGAAGAGUCACUUCGCUCGUCGCAUCCUGGAAGUGGAAAUAAUUCUCGUCCUUCAACUCCAGCGGGCAAACUCAAAAUCUUGAAAAGACCCACUGCCUCUGGAGAUAAGCAAAAUGCAUCAAGUGAACUUCUCAGCUUGCUUAAGCCAAAACAAACACCUAAAAGCACCGAAGAGAACCCCCAGCUGCCCAAAGUGCAAGAAAAAAUUAAUGGCAAUUCCAAAGCGUCUUCUGAUCUUUUGAGUUUAUUGAAAAAACCCAGAAGUCCAGAGCAACCCACAGUGAACACACCUGAAGUAGUGUACGAUUCGACCAAGUCCAAACAAGAAGAGUCUAAUAGCGAAGAAUUCCAGGACUUUGAGGAUUUUGAAGAUUUUGAUGCAUUAGACCAAUCUUUUGGUGCACCACCAACCAACUUUCACCAGCAUUUCGAUAUCGAUAGCGACGAUGAGCAUGAAGAAGAAGAGCAAGUUGAACCUGUACCAGUGAUGCCACCCAAAAUACAAGUCCUCAAGAGAAACCAGGAAAAUCUGGAUGAGGGAGCAGGAAAAUCGUUAUUGCAUCUCCUCAAUGGGAAAACAAAAGAUGUGAGUCCAAAGACGGAUUUCAGCAGCAUUUACGGAACGGAUUCCGCUCAGGGAUCAGAAGAGCCCCAAUUUGUACCACCCGUUACUUCGCCAUCUCAGGCUGCAUCGAGCUCCUUUUUGAGUAUAUUGACCAGACCCACGGAAAGUAAUCCUCAGGUGUCAUCUCCUCCAGCCCAAAAGAACGCAAAUUCACCGGCGAAAAAUAUACUUGAUAUUUUACAUGGAAGAGCAAAAUGA